CUCCGCCCGCCCGCCUCCCUCCGACAUAGAAAUCCGCUCUACCUCCAUCACAGAAACACACACACGCACACACACGCACACACACAGGGGUGAGGCGGAGGGAGAGAGCGGAGGAGCGGAGCUGAGCAGCCGGAGAAAAGUCACUGGUGACCGACAGACGAUGGGACGUCACAUGUUUCUGAACAAACUCUGUUAACUGAAGGAAAGUGAAGCCAUAGCCAAUCAGACGCUCUGAAGGACAAGCUCCGCCUCUCCAGGAAGCCAGAGGUCAGAGGUCGUCAUGCAGACCAUUAAGUGUGUGGUGGUGGGGGACGGUGCCGUGGGGAAGACCUGUCUCCUCAUCUCCUACACCACCGGAGCCUUUCCCAAGGAGUACAUCCCCACCGUGUUCGACAACUACAGCAGCCAGGUGACGGUGGACGGAAGGGUCAUUAGCCUGAACCUGUGGGACACGGCAGGACAGGAGGAGUACGAUCGGCUGAGGACGCUGUCCUACCCUCAGACCAACGUCUUCGUCAUCUGCUUCUCCAUCUCUAGCCCCGCCUCCUACGAGAAUGUCAAACACAAGUGGCACCCAGAGGUGUCCCACCACUGUCCCGGCGUCCCCAUCCUCCUGGUCGGCACAAAGAGCGACCUCCGGAACGACGCCGAGACUCAGAGGAAGCUGAAGGACCAGAACCAGGCUCCCGUCACCCACCAGCAGGGCACCGCCCUCGCCCGGCAAAUCCAGGCCGUCCGCUACAUGGAGUGCUCGGCCCUCAACCAGGACGGCAUAAAGGACGUGUUCUCCGAGGCCGUGAAGUCCUUCCUCAACCCACAGCCCGUCGUCACCAAGAAGCCCUGCGUCCUGCUGUAGGACCCCAGACCCCGGGUUGAUCCACCCGAGACAGACUGGCCGACAACUCAAAGAAAUGUUUCAUGUUCGGUUAGAUGGUUUUAUUAUUUCUUUUUGUUUUUUAACCCUUUACAGGGCUCUCAUUGAAAUGCCUGGAAGUCCCCCAGCGUGUUAUCGUAGGACAGAAGAAGACUGUUUUACUUUAGGGAAAAUUUUCAAAACUUUCAAACUGUAUUAAAUCCAGAUGAAUGAAUCUCUCA